AACGUAUCUUGUACUGUACUUCAGUGGCAUCGAAAAAGGCAGGCAUUAGGACCCUGAGACGUAAGUGCGGGUUGGGCUUCCGGGCUUCCCUGGGUCGCUCACGCGCUAUCCAUUCAUCAACCAUCCAUUGAUUCAUUAUAUUUGACACAUUUCACGUUCGCCGGCCGCAGUCGAACCGCGGAAAGCUGAUGGAACUCUUCUCGAACCUGAUUAAAGUUUCUUUGGACCAACUUCGUGGUCUUCAGGACAACUCAACAUGUCGAAGCAACUAAGUCGAACCGCUUUUGGGCUCGUUUUGUAGCAACCUCUGGCUCUCCGAUCGUCACCGAAAGUUGAUUUGCGUUUAAAACACCGCACGACAUGUCGCUGAGCAGGAGCAUCGAAUUCGAGCACUUUGAGGAGCGCGACAGCAAGCAGCACCAGACGCCGAGGGCUGCGGGCUUCCACGCCGCCGGCGCUGGGUCCUCCCGGGGCGCGGGACUGACAGCCAGUCCGGCUCACAGCGCGCACUGCAGCUUCUACCGGACUCGAACCCUGCAGUCGCUCACGUCGGAGAAGAAGGCCAGGAAAGUGCGCUUCUACCGAAACGGGGACAAGUACUUUAAGGGCCUGGUGUACGCGGUGUCCUCCGACCGCUUCCGCUCCAUGGACGCGCUGCUCAUGGAGCUGACGCGCUCGCUGUCGGACAACGUCAACCUGCCGCAGGGGGUCCGGACCGUGUAUGCUCUGGACGGGGGCAGGAAGAUCAGCAGCCUUGACGAGCUGGUGGCGGGAGAAAGCUACGUGUGCGCCUCCAACGAGCCCUUCCGCCGCGUGGACUACGCCAGGAACGUCAACCCUAACUGGGCCGUGGGCAGCAAGACGGGCACGUCGCGCUCCCUGUCGUCGCUGGUGGCGCCCAGGGGCGAGCAGCAGCAGCAGCAGCGCCAGCCCAAAGACUUCAUCAAGCCCAAACUGGUCACGGUGGUGCGCAGCGGCGUCAAACCGCGCAAGGCCGUGCGCGUCCUGCUCAACAGGAAGACGGCACACUCCUUUGAGCAGGUGCUCGCCGACAUCACGGACGCCAUCAAGCUGGACUCGGGUGCCGUGAAGAGGCUCUACACGCUGCAAGGCAAGCAAAUCACGUGCUUGCAGGACUUCUUCGGCGAUGACGACGUGUUCAUCGCGUGCGGCCCGGAGAAGUACCGCUAUGCCCACGACGACUUUGCGUUGGAUCACAGCGGUAAGGCUUCCGCAGCCUUCGUGACGGAGUGCAAAGUGCUGAACCGGACGAGCAAGAGUCCUGGACCUUCGCGACGCAGCAAGUCUCCCGGCGCAGCGAGGCGUGCAACCCGCUACUCCACCACUCAGUGUCCUGCUAAAUCUCCGGUAAACGGUCACGUCGCCACGUCGAGGUCCGCCAAGUCGUCCACGCCGUCGCCCACCAGCCCCCAAAGCCUCCCCGCUCUCAAGACGGCUCCUUCACAUCACAGCUCCAAUUCAAACGUCAGCGGCUCGCUCAACAACCACCAGGGGGAGACGACCAGUCCAGAGGUUACUGUUCACCACGGCGACCAGACCUCCUCCGUCAUCCUGGAGAAAUACGUCAUCGGAAAAGUCAUCGGAGACGGCAACUUUGCUGUGGUGAGAGAGUGCGUCGAGAGGGCCACGGGAAGAGAGUUUGCCCUGAAAAUCAUGGACAAGGCCAAGUGCCGCGGCAAGGAGCACCUGAUCGAGAACGAGGUGUCCGUGCUGAGGCGGGUGAAGCACCCCAACAUCAUCAUGCUGGUGGAGGAGGUGGACACGCCCUUGCAGUUGUGUCUCGUCAUGGAGCUUGUCAAGGGCGGCGACUUAUUCGACGCCAUCACGUCGUCCACCAAAUACACGGAGAGGAGCGCCGGCGUCAUGGUGCGCAACCUGGCCGCCGCCUUGCGCUACCUUCACCGCAUGAACAUCGUCCACAGAGACAUCAAGCCGGAAAACCUACUGGUGUUGGAAAAUCCCGACGGCACAAAGUCGCUCAAGCUCGGCGACUUUGGCUUGGCGACGGUGGCGGAAGGACCUUUGUACACCGUGUGCGGAACGCCCACGUACGUGGCGCCGGAAAUCAUUACGGAGUCUGGUUACGGCGUCAAGGUGGACAUCUGGGCCGCGGGCGUCAUCGCGUACGUCCUGCUGUGUGGCUUCCCUCCAUUUCGAAGCGAGAGCAACCAGCAGGAAGAGCUGUUUGAGCAAAUUCUACUGGGCCGAGUGGACUAUCCCAGUCCUUACUGGGACGACAUCAGCGACUCGGCCAAGGAGCUGAUUGGCAAGAUGCUGCUGGUCAACGCGGAGGCUCGCUACUCGGCGCGGGACGUCCACGCGCACCCUUGGGUGACGGUAUCGCACUCGCUCGAGGACGUCAACAAGGCCGAGAACAACAUGAAGGCCGAGGUGGCGGGGAAGUUGAGGACGCACUUCAGCUCGACGGCCAAGCAAGGCGACGCCACGGCGGCCGUCUCGCUCAUUAUGGAGACGGCCCUCGAUAAGGAGACCCUCCAGCUCGCCGCCCACCCGCCGCCAUCACCGGACCCCCACAAAUCCCCGGACGCUUCUCCGAGUGCCCCGACGUCAUCGUCGUCGUCGCCGACGACCCCCGAGUGUCCUGUCAAGCACGUGGUCUUCCUGCCGCUCUCGUACCCCUCGCCGCCCUUAUCCUCCGCCUCGCCCCCGUCGCCGCCCGGCUUCGACGCCAUCGAGGGGAUGAGGGUCGCCCAGGAGCUUGUGGAGGAGAUUUGAAACACGACGUGGCGAGGUCCCACACUGAGCCAAACGACACUUGUUUGUAUUUAUUGAGGAAGUACUCAAGUGGAGAGAAUGUUGCUUUUAUCAGUCUUGUCAAGCAGAAUUCAGAUUUUGCUUUGGAAUUGCGAUGCUGUGUAUUUGUACGAGUGUUGUGUCCGAGGACCGCCAACCCAAGACCAAGGCCAAGGACUCGACUCCGAGGCCAAGGCCAUUGACUUGGAACAUUAUCCGAGGCUAAGGACUUGGAACAUUAUCCGAGGCAAGGCCAAGGACAAGGACUUGAGAAAUUUUCUGAGGCCAAGGACCAAGGACUUGCCUCCAAGGCCAAGGACCAAGGACUGAUUUUGAAGCUGAGGCCGAGCCGAGGACGUGUAUAAAACAAUGCGAUCAUACCACUUGGUACCUAACGCUUGAAUGAAGUGUUUUUAUUCAAAGAGUAGAACAGUCAGCAUACGUGUUAUUUAUACUGAGAAAAACAAAAUAAAAGCAAAUGAUAUACUGUA